AUGGUUCUUGCGAGACAAAAACUGCAAAGAAAUCUCCAGCUUCUCCUUCCAGCACUGCAGAUUGGCCGAUGCUCUCCCAUCCCUUGCUUCCCUAAGCCUGUAUCUAACAUUACAAUUCAAGGGGUAGGUGAUUUCUAUGAUCUGGAAAAACUCUGCGUUCUUGGUCACGGUAACCAUGGCAUUGUAUACAAAGUACUUCACAAGCCAUCUUCAGCAACCUAUGCACUGAAAAUUGUUCAGGAUGACAUCACUAACUCUUCUGCAUCCCAUGAGACUGAAAUAUUAGCAUGUACUGACUCUCCUUUUGUUGUUAAAUGUCAUGGGAUUUUUGAACCUAGAGCAGGUGAGAAAGCAAUUCUCAUGGAGCAUAUGGAUGCAGGAACUCUUGAUACUGUUCUCAGAGCCAAUGGUCCUUUCCAUGAAACUUUAAUUGCUCACAUUGCCUACCAAGCACUUAAUGGCCUCAGCUAUCUUCAUGCAUGCAGUAUUGUCCAUUUAGAUAUCAAGCCUUCAAAUCUUCUUGUUAGUAAGGACAUGAAAGUGAAAAUUGGUGACUUUGGAGUUAGCAGGAUUGUCGAUUCUGGUAUGACGAGCCACGACAAUUUGGGCAGCCAGGGGACGUACGCUUACAUGAGUCCUGAAAGGUUGGACUCGCAAACAUUUGGGUCGAUGUAUAUCUAUGCAGGGGAUGUGUGGAGCCUGGGAGUUACUUUGUGGGAGCUGUAUGUGGGGUAUUUCCCAUUUUUCCCAGCUGGGAAGAGGCCCAGUUGGAUGGAAGUUGCGAUGGUGAUAUGUUUUGGAGAAUUCCCCAGCUUUCCAAAACAGGCAUCGCAGGAGUUUAGGAGCUUCCUCAAGUGUUGCUUGGAAAGGGAACCAAGCAAAAGGUGGACAGUUUCGCAGCUCUUGUCCCACCCUUUUGUCCGCAUGCAGGGGGAACCUAAUAGGUUGCUGCCUUUUGCUCAAAUUAGCCUAUAA